AUGACUUCUAAUUCUUUGUCUCACUGUUGCACUACCGGCUCUCUCCACGAUGGUGAAGCCAAGGGUGAAAUCAAGAACAUCGGAGAUAUCUCAACAUACUUCGCAUACCCCUCCAACAAAUCCACCGAACAUGCCAUCCUCAUCUUAACAGAUGUGAUAGGCCAUAAAUUCAUCAAUGCCCAGCUGAUCGCAGACCAAUUCGCGGGCCAGGGGUACUUCGUCGUCAUGCCAGAUUUAUUCAACGGCGACACUGUCCCGCUCAACCGACCGGAGGGCUUCAACAUUAUGGACUGGGUAAAGAACCACAUGACACUACAGACAGAUCCAAUUAUCGAUGCAGUGCUUAAGGAGAUGCGCGAGAAUCUGGGUUGUAAACGUAUCGGUGGCGUCGGCUAUUGUUUUGGCGGGAAGUAUGUUUGUCGAUAUCUCAAGCCAGGUAAAUUGGAUGUUGGAUUCACGGCACAUCCGACGAUGGUCGAGGCGGAUGAAUUGAGGGGUAUAGAAGGACCGCUUAGUAUUGCGGCUGCUGUGCGAGACUUUGUCUUCACAACUGCCAAACGGCAUGAGAGUGAGGAAAUCCUGGAUAGUUUAGAUUUUCCUUAUCAGAUCAAUAUGUUCUCCGAUGUGGAACAUGGCUUUGCUGUUCGCUGUGACUUGUCGAAGCCUCGGCAGAAGUUUGCGAAAGAGCAGGCUUUUAGCCAGGCUGUGGCUUGGUUUGACCAGUACCUUAAGGAUUGA